UUUUUACUUCCAUAAGUUUACACAUGUCCUGACAGAUUUCCUCUUUGUCUUCAACGUGUUUGCCUUUAACCUGCAUUUCUAUUGUCUUUAGACCUAAUAUGAUGGAUAAAAUUGAAUUUUUGAGUUUAUGACAUGUAGGAAACUGACUGGAGGUUUUUUUCCCCCCAACAUUAAGAUCAUAGUAGGUCAGUGAAAAGGUAUGAUGUAGACUGUAGAAAGUAGAACCUACAUUCAUAAACAGAUUUAUAAGAGCUCCUGAGCUUUGAUUGAUUUCCUUUUAUUACUUUAGUUGUUCUAAAAAAUAAAUAAUUUAAUCUUUUCUGUUUGAAUGAUGUUUGUCCAAAUCAUUUAGAAGUUUUUGAUUCAUUUCCAAUUAUAUUACCUCUGACAAUUACAUAUGCUUCCAAGUCUCACAGUCUGGUUUUGUUAAAACACAUUUCACAGUUUCUGAUAAGUUCCUGACAAGUUCGUGAGAUUUCCAUAGUCUUGAACAGUCUUGUCCAUAUAAGCUUCACGUUCAACCCCCCUCCAUGUGGAAGAGUUCAGAUGAUGUUGGAUUGACCCAAUAUGCUUAAAUUUUGAGGUUAGCGUCUAGUGCCUUAAUAAAAAAGAUGGCUACAUUGGUUGGAAGUUAGUGUAAAAAUGUAGCCCUAUAAACAAAGAAGGAAGGAGAGUAUGACAACAAGAAGACAAACUGUCUGAGAGGGAAAUCAAUAGUUGGGAACUUAUUUUUAUAAGACACACCAAGAUUUAAAAAAAACCUUUCCGUAGCAGAGAUUUUUAAGAACUAAAGUUUGCACUUUAUAUGCAGAGAUUAUUCAGAAUCAUGACGAAGACUCUUAAUUUGACCAUAUCUACCAGAAAGCACAAGAGUUGAGCAGUUUUUUUUUUUUUUAUGGGAUUUUCCACAACUGUCUCUUUCCAUUGACUCUAAAUGUAAGCUGAAAAAAUGUCAGAAUUCGUUUUUGGACGAACCUUUGACCUUGCACUGCUUUAGCCAUACUCAAGACCUUCUUCAGGCUUGUAAUGUUGACGUUUCCGCUGCAUGGCACGGCUAAACCGAACUGUGUUUCUGUGCUACGUUUGUGAAAAGCAAAUAAAAACAACACCUAAACUUUAUGGACUUCUUCCAUGGAUUAUUUAUAAACUAAGCUAACUGUCAAAAGCAUAUUUUAAACAUAGGAUUUAAAUGUAAGUUUAAAUGUAAAAAAACUAAAAACCUUCCUUUUACAUUGAGUGGGAAUUUAAAAACUGAAUUACCUUUUCUUAAAAUUAGAUAUAAGAUUUUCAGGGCUUAUAAACUUCAGUCGUGAUUUAUAAGCAGUCUAGUGGUGGCAAAUGUUUUUAUCCUCUGGAGUGUUUUAAGGAGAGCUGAAUGCUUUUUCUGACCUAAACAUUUAGAUUUUUGCACAUAUCAGGUUUAUUACUUAAGUAAACUGUUGUAAUUGACAAUGGUAUUCUACUGUACAUAGUCAUAAGCUUGCUGUAAAUGACUUUCAACCACCAGUUUUAAGCUUCAGAAAGCUACUACACAAAAUAUUUGGUUUCAUGAAGGCGAAACAAAGGGUUAUACAUUAAGGUUCUGAUUCUUUUUUAUUUCUCCUAAAGUAUUUUAGUUCUCAUUAGCGGGGAAACACCCUCUGAAACUUUGAUUUCCCUUUGUCUGUUCCCGACAGAUGAGAAUUUCAUUCUCAAACAUGACAGAGCCUUCCUGCUGUCCAUGGCCAAUCGUGGGAAGAACACCAAUGGCUCACAGUUUUUUAUAAACUCUAGCAUCCUGCUCUUCCAAGCACAACUAAAAUGGCACCGCACCUUGAUGGCGUCCAUGUUGUCUUCGGUCUUGUCAUCUCUGGGUUUGAAGUGAUAAAAAAGAUCGAGGGACUGAAGACUGAUUCAGCUAGCAGACCCUACGCCGAUGUGAGAGUGGUCGACUGUGGACAGCUGAUCACAAAAUCUGCAAAUGAUGUGCUUGAGGGCAAGCGGAAAAGGACUUCAUCCCUUAACUCCAAUGACUCAUCCAAUUUUUCCAUGUCUGAAAGUGAAUUAGAAGAAAAUGUCGAAUAUCAAAAGCGACUGGCAAAAGGUAAAAAGCCUAAAAAGAAAAGGAAGGAAGGAAAAAAGGUCAAGAAAUCCGAUAAUGUACCUUCCAAGCAAAGUCCUGCAGAAAAAGAAAUGGCAGUAGGUGAAAGUAAACCUGAAGAAGAGAAGGAGCAGAGUGGGAAGAGGGAGAAACCUGUUGUUCGACUGGAGGAAAUCCCACCUGUGCCAGAGAAUCGCUUCCUGCUGAGACGCGACGUGCCAACGGAGGAGCAUAAGACAGAAGCGCUUGAGAAAGAAGAAAACGAUCCUUUAGCUGAACAGAAACCAGCUGUGACAAAGUCUGGACGGAAGAUCAGAGGCAGAGGAACAAUUCGAUAUCAUACUCCUACAAGAUCUAAAUCACGCUCUACAUCUGUUGAAGAGCGUGGAGGAAGCGAAACUCCACCACAUUGGAAAGUGGAAACAAAGAGAACCAAAGUUUUCCUACCCUCGAGCCCAGAGAGGUGGAGCAAAGGAGACAAACUCAAAGACCGUCCCUCAAGCAAGUGGGAUAAUAGAAGCGCCUCUCCUCGGCCCCAGUCUGGAGAACGUUCCUCAGACCAGAGCUCUGAGAGGUCAGGCCAGCACCGGCUGCCAAAAAAAGAAAAGAAAAAAGCCAAACACAAGAAGAAAGUCAAAAAGCGCAAACAUGGCAAAAAGAAAAGCUCCAAGAAAAAAUUUCAAGAGCACCGCGAGUCAGAGGGUGAAAAGUCAGCAUCUUCUUCUAGGAAGUCCAGAUCCCGCACACCGAGCAGGUCUCCCUCAAGUGAGCAUCGUUCUUCCAGCAGGAGAAGACGGCAAUCCUCCCAGUCUUUCUCCAAAUCCUACUCUAGGUCCUACACAUCCAGUCGAUCCAGAUCCAGAGGAAAAUCCAGGUCUUAUUCACAGUCAAGAAGCUUCUCUAGAUCAAGAAGUCGAUCUAGGUCUAGAUCCAGAUCUCAGUCUUAUUCUCAGUCCCGGUCAAGAUCACGGUCAAGGUACAGAUCAAGAUCUCGGUCGUUUUCUCAGUCCAGGUCAAGAUCAAGGUCUAGGUAUACAUCCAGAUCCCGAUCUUUCUCCUCUAGAAAGAGGAGCUUUUCCAGAUCUCCAAGGAAGAGGAAGACGACCAAACCGAAAAUUGACUUUAUGAUGCCUGUGUCUGGGAAGGUCCAAGAUAAGAAGGUUACACCUGUUCCCAUCCUACCAGCAGUCCCGGUACCUGAAAGGGUUCCUGUGAUCCCGCUGAGUGACAGUCCUCCUCCUUCCCGCUGGAAACCAGACCAAAAGCCCUGGAAGCCCUCCUACAUUCAUAUUCAAGAAAUCAAAACUAAAGCUACGCCCAGUAAUCCCUCUACCACUGGUUCGGCAACGGCAAGCUUCUCAGUAAAAACUCAGACUUCAGUUACACCGAAGUCCAUGCCAGAAGACGUUCAAGACAAGACGGCACACAAACCUGCACACAGCAGGUCCUCCAGAAGCAAGUCCUUCAGUCGUUCCAGGAGUCGAAGUUCUAGCAGGUCCAGGUCAAGAUCAGUCCAGCCGUACAGGAGCAGGUCGUCAUCCUGCAGCAGAUCGGACUCUGAAAAGGACCAAAAAGGAAGCAGCAGCAGGAGGAAUUUGUUAGAUAAGGAAUGGAAGGAGUACUACAAUUCCCUCAACAGAAUAAAAAAUUUAGAGAAGUAUAUUAUGGUUAAUAAGAGCCCAGAAGGACUUUUAGGUUCAGAAAGAGAAAAAAGCAGUGAGCAUAGCCCUGAAAUUAUUGGCUCUUUGGAGAACAAGAGAGAGAAGGACAACUCAGAAGAACCAGAAGCAAAAGGUUUAAUUUCACUUCCAGGACAGAGCUUCAACAGUCGCUCUGAGUGGGACAGCGACAGUGACAAAGUGAGCCAAAGCAACACUGCAACCGAGAAGCAAGCUGUCCAGUCCAGCACAAUGCUGUCGACUGGAUGGAAUUCAGAUGGAGAUUCUGAGAAUAUAACCAACAGAAGAUGCUUCGGUUCUGAAAAAGAGGAAGGAGAAGCGAGUUCUGAAUCGGACUAUGAAGCUUUGAAAAAGACAACAAAAGCCGUGAACGAGAUAGCAUAUAAAAUUGCUGCUGCCAUUGCAGCCGCUUCUUCCUCUUGUCCCUCCGAUGAUAGUGCUCAAAAGUCUGCAGAGCAGGAGCGCAAGAAGAGCAAGAAGAAAGCCAAACGGAAGCAUAAGCAUAAGAGGAAAGGAGAGAGUAAGACCGGUUCUCAUCAUGGCAAGGACAAAACUAAAAAGUCCAAGAGAAAACACCAGAAGCUGAGAGAGACUUUCCAUUGGCAGCCACCGUUAGAGUUUGACGAGGAGGAAGAGAAUGAUGAAUCUAAAAGAGAGAGACGCAGUCCUGACACAGAGGUUACAGAAAGUUUAGGUGAAGACUUGAACACAAAGGACCAAAAUUCAACUGAUUUGAAAAAGAACCCUGUAAAAGACGAAGAAAAGAUUAAACUUCGAUCCAAAGAAAGCAACGUUGAAAACACAAAUCACUCUGAACAAGCAUCUAACAGGAACAGUGUCAAAGACCAAGAUUCUUUUGAUGAUAUGGAGAUUUGUACUCCAGAGCACACUGUUGACAUCAUUGAACAUCCUGUCACGCCUGAUUCCAACACAACCACUAAAUUAACCCUAAGUUCUACCUCAAAGUCAUCAGAAGUGGCGAGCACUGAUGGUACGUUGUCUCAGAGCAAAACCCUGCCUGAUGUCACGUCCUCAACAACUGCUGGUCCGCAGGAUGAAGCACCUCCUGGCAAAUCCGUCAUAAAUUUCAAAUGGAAGCCAUUAAAACGAAUGGCGGCCGUUCCGGAGGUGAACGUCCAGGCUGUUGCGGUGAAAAGCAAACAAGCUAACGAGAGCAUGCAGCACCUCACCAUGCAGGGAGUGAAAAUGGAGAUAAAGAGUAAAAACCGUGUACGACCUGGUUCUCUGUUCGAUGAGGUUCGUAAGACGGUACGACUCAACCAGAGGCCAAGAAACCAGGAGAGUUCGAGUGAAGAAAGGUCCCCGUCUGUGGGGAAGGCCGGAGGUGCGUCACGCACACGUUCACCAAAGAAGUCCAGCUCCCUGUCAAGAAAGUCUCGGUCUGGUUCGAGCCACCGGUCGCGCUCCGGAGGCUGGUCCCGCUCCUACAGCAGAUCCAGAAGUAGAUCUCGAAGCUACAGCUACUCUUCCAGGAGCCGCAGUCGGAGUCGGAGAACCCGUAGACGAGGACGUUCUCGUUCACACAGCAGCACAUACCGAAGUUACAGCAGGCACAGUCGGUCGUACAGUAGAAGUCACUCCAGAAGCCGCUCACAUCAUCGCCGUAGGAGGUCCAGGUCUGACUCCUAUGACAGCUAUUCCAGUCGGAGCGUGAGCAGGAGACGAGGGCGUAGGCGAAGUGUGAGCUACAGGAGCUCUGAGCGCCGAUCACGGUCGUCCCGCUCGUCUAGUCGCAGUUCUUCCAGACACAGGAGUCACAGCCGCAGCAGCCGCUACAGUUAAGCCUCGCCUCACCUGAGAGAGGCCUGCUAACAUGCUGGGAGAUACUGAAGCUCCAACAGGAAGGGUUCUUCGUGUUUUCAUACUGUGUUAAGUUUCGUUAUGUGAGAUGAAGGGAUGGUUGUUGAGGUACUGAAUGUGAAAAGAUCUUUAAGAGUCUGACAACUUAACCUGUUUGCAACGAUAUUUGUGUAUUCUUUAACAUUUGCUUCUUUUAUGCUAAAUGGUGCAAUUAUUAUACUCUUUAAACAUCUAACAUUUAAUGUGUUUGAGCAAGGAUAAGGGUGGAAGUAAAACUUAUUUCAUUAAGAAUAGUCGUUUCUGAAUGUACAGAUGAGUGUAGAAGCUGUAUAUUAUCUCUAAAGUUUUGACAUUAUAACGUUGCUAAAAACGUUUUCUUUUAUUAAAUAACACCACACUUUGA